GAAGGCACAUGGCGGCGGCGUGCGCAUGCGCUGUACAAGAACAUGGCGGAAUUGGAGAUAGGGCAACACUGCGAUGUGGAGAAUUGUGGCCAGCUUGAUUUUCUACCUUUUGUCUGUGAUGGUUGUUCAGGAGUCUUCUGUCUUCAGCACAGAAGUCGGGCUGCUCAUGGCUGUUCUGAAAAAAAUCUAAACCGUGAGGAUGUGAAACCAGAUCAUCACAAAUCUUUCUUGUGCACAUAUAAAGGUUGUGAUGGAAGAGAACUUGUACCUGUGUUAUGCACUUACUGUGAAAAGCAGUUUUGCUUAAGGCACCGUCAUCAGUUGGACCAUGAGUGUGAGAAACUGGAAACUCCCAAACCCCGUAUGGCUGCAACACAGCAGCUUAUUAAAGAUAUUGUAGAUUCUAAGAAAGAAGCUACAGUGAGUAAAAGAUGCAGAGGAGCUAAGAACAGUGAAACAGCAGCAAAGGUGGCUCUAAUGAAACUGAAAAUGCAUGCAUGUGGAGAUAAAUCCUUGCCACAGACAGAGAGAAUCUAUUUCCAAGUGAUUUUACCUAAAGGAAGUAAGGAAAAAAACAAACCUAUGUUCUUUUGUGGUAACUGGAGCAUUGGCAAAGUGAUCGAUUUUGCAGCUUCCAUGGCAAACCUUAAAAAUGACAACAACAAAACCACAGCCAGGAAAUUAAGACUUUGCCACACAGCAACUGGAGAAGCCUUGCCUUUGGACCACAUCCUAGUAUCUUGGAUAAGCUGCAAAGAAUCCCCGCUAUAUAAUGGUGGAAAUGUGAUCUUGGAAUACCUUGAUAAUGAAGUUCAGUUUUUAGAAGAUGUAAAUUCAUAUCUAGAAUAAUUAUGGAAAACACUGCACGUGUAAUCAUCAGACUGAACCCAAGAGAAGAGCUAUACUCUCAUAUAUAUCUGCAAGGUACAAGGGUUUUUGUUUUGGUUUUUUACUGGUAUGAAUUCAGUUUAGAAAUGGCUAUAUAUUUGUAUUUAGCUUAUUCUAAUCCAAAGUAGGCCAAGGAUUUACUUAUCACUUGAUGCCUCUUAACACUUGUGUGCACUUUUUCCACUAAAAGAAUUGAGUUUAAGUUGACUGCUGCUGAUCUGGAAGUUCUAUCUGUCAUGCUUAAUCUGUGCUUGAUCAUUCCUACAUGCAGGUAGAGAUGUGAAGGCCUGGGAAAUCUCUCACACCCCCAAAUGGGGGGGAAACUCAGAAACAUUU